AUGCGCAACCCCCAAAAGAAAUCCUACUCCCCACCAUACACACUUGGCCAACCUAUUGGUAACAACACAGUUGCCAAGGUCCUCAAGUCCGACAAUGCGAAGUUUGCGGCGGGCGAUUUGGUCGUUGGAGCAAUCCCUACCGAGGAAUACUCAGUCCUGCCUCAGCAGAGCGCAGACGCCCUGAGGAAAGUCGACAACCCAUACAAUCUUGACUUGAAGGUCUUCGUCGGCGCGCUUGGAAUGCCAGGGUUGACCGCCUACUCCUCGUUCUACGAGAUUGGCAAGCCGCAGAAGGGCGAGACGAUUUUCAUCUCUGCUGCUUCGGGCGCCGUGGGACAGCUUGUCGGACAGCUGGCUAAGCAUGAUGGAUUGAAGGUUAUUGGGUCUGUUGGAUCGGACGAGAAACUGGAAUAUAUUACCGAGGAGCUUGGUUUCGAAGGGUUCAACUACAAGAAGGAGAAGCCACUUGAAGCUCUUCAACGUCUUGCACCAAACGGAAUCGAUAUUUACUACGAGAAUGUUGGUGGAGAACAACUGGAAGCUGUCCUAGAAGUCAUGAACAACUUCGGCAGAGUCAUUGGCUGUGGUAUGGUCUCCGAGUACAACGCUGCUCCCGACGCCCGGUACGGCAUCAAGAACUUGAUGUAUCUCGUGUCGAAGAGGCUCACUAUGCGAGGAUUCAUCGUCAGUGAUAAGGAUAUGGGACCUCAAUACUUCGAGGAACGGAACAGGAAUAUUUCGAAGUGGUUGAACGAGGGAACUUUCAAGACCAAGAUCAGUGUUACGGAUGGUAUCGAUAAUGCCCCUGACGGCUUCGUCGGCAUGCUACUGGGAAAGAACUUUGGCAAGGCCGUGCUCAAGAUUGCGGAUCCUGAGUAA